GGCGUCCCGCCAUCCCUGCCCCUCCGGCCUCUGCACAGCUUCUUUCGCACAGAAGCUCAGGUCGCCUCCAGCCCAGGUUGACCUGGGAGGGUGAUUCCCUUUGGUUACCAACACUAUGCCAGGCACUGUGGAAACACUGCGGUUCCAGCUGCUGCCUCCCGAGCCAGAUGACGACUUCUGGGGCGCACCUUGUGAACAGCCCCUGGAGCGCAGGUACCAGGCGCUGCCGGCCCUCGUCUGCAUCAUGUGCUGUUUGUUUGGAGUCGUCUACUGCUUCUUCGGUUACCGCUGUUUCAAGGCAGUGCUCUUCCUCACUGGGUUGCUGUUUGGCUCAGUGGUCAUCUUCCUGCUGUGCUACCGAGAGCGGGUGCUGGAGACGCAGCUGAGUGCUGGGGCGAGCGCAGGCAUCGCACUGGGCAUCGGGCUGCUCUGUGGGCUGGUGGCCAUGCUGGUGCGCAGUGUGGGCCUCUUCCUGGUGGGGCUGCUGCUCGGUCUGCUGCUCGCUGCUGCCGCCCUGCUGGGCUCUGCGCCCUACUACCAGCCAGGCUCUGUAUGGGGCCCACUGGGGCUGCUGCUGGGGGGCGGCCUGCUCUGUGCCCUGCUCACGCUGCGCUGGCCCCGCCCACUCACCACCCUCGCCACAGCCGUGACUGGUGCCGCACUCAUUGCCACCGCCGCUGACUACUUUGCUGAGCUGCUACUGCUGGGGCGCUACGUGGUGGAGAGACUGCGGGCUGCACCUGUGCCCCCCCUCUGCUGGCGGAGCUGGGCCCUCCUGGCACUCUGGCCCCUGCUCAGCCUGAUGGGUGUUCUGGUGCAAUGGCGGGUGACAGCCGAGGGGGACUCCCACACCGAAGUGGUCAUCAGCCGACAGCGACGACGUGUGCAGCUGAUGCGGAUUCGGCAGCAGGAAGAGCGCAAGGAGAAGCGGAGGAAGAAAAGACCCCCUCGGGCUCCCCCCAGAGGUCCCCGGGCUCUUCCAAGGCCUGGGCCCCCUGACCCUGCUUAUCGGCGCAGGCCAGUGCCCAUCAAACGCUUCAACGGAGAUGUCCUCUCCCCGAGCUAUAUCCAGAGCUUCCGGGACCGGCAGACUGGGAGCUCACUGAGCUCCUUCAUGGCCUCGCCCACAGAUGUGGACUAUGAGUAUGGGUCCCAGGGGCCACUGACAGCCUGCUCUGGCCCCCCUGUGCGGGUAUAGCAGUAUUCCCGCCUGUCUAGACUCUGCAGUCACCAGCUCUGCCGGCUUAGAGAGGCCUUCCAGGACACUACCCAGCCUGUCUGGCCCUGCGGCCUUUGGCGGUGGUCCCUCUUCCCCAGCUGGAGAGGGCUGGCCCAGCCACUAGAAGGGAGGAUCUGUCUCAGGCUAGGCCUGGCCUGAGUGGAGAGCCCCCUCCCAAGCUCCUGAGGGGCUUCUGUGGGUUGUGGGGUGUGAGCCCUUUUGGGAUGUGCUCAGGGUUAUAAGUGUGUCACCUGUGUGUGUGUAUAUGUGUGUGUGGGGGGCGGGGUAGGCUUGGAGGGGACACUGAGAUCCUUGCCUUUGACUUCUGAUUGGCAGAGCUUCCCCAGGGUUGGCCCCGCCUCUUCUCCCACUACUGGGGUCCCCCGGGCCACUCUCCUGCAUGUCUAAGAGGAGGAGGCCUGCCUUCGUCCCCAUCGCUCUAUCACCC